AUGGGUUAUGAACGUAAGGAAACAUCCGGAACAGCUAGUGGACAUGCAACCGAGACUACUCGCUCCUCGCCUACCCGAGCACAAACGGAGCCAUCCGGCCGGUUGCUCAACAGCCCCGCACUCCCACCUCGGACCCGAUCGGGACUCAUUCCAAUUCAGACCGGGAGGGAGCAGUCGCCGAAAGAGAGACACCGCCCCCCGCCUGGAACAUUCGACGAGCCUCGCGGCGGAGCGUCGCGUCUCCGCGUGACCUGCCGUCGCGCCGCCGGCCGAUUCGGCACCAUUGAUUUUUAUUUAUGGCGUCGUUCGCACAAUGACAAGGGGACUGUCCUCCAACGAGUCGUCGCGCCGUUUGAAUGCAAAAUAUCAUUGGUAUGUCAUGUUAUUCGUUACCUCACCAACUGUCGUGAGGAGGAAAUCCUUGGCUCGACCGUAUAG